UUCUGAAACAAAGAAAAUAAAGAACAAGAUUCUCCAGAAUUUUUAAGAGAACUCCUCACCUGGACCUAAGAUGGUGAGCGAGAGUCAUCAUGAGGCCCUGGCAGCUCCGCCAGUCACCACCGUUGCCACUGUUCCCGCACAUAAUGCCACAGAGCCAGCCAGUCCCGGAGAAGGGAAGGAAGAUGCAUUCUCUAAGCUGAAGGAGAAGUUCAUGAAUGAGUUGCAUAAAAUUCCAUUGCCACCGUGGGCCUUAAUUGCGAUAGCCAUAGUUGCAGUGCUUUUAGUCCUGACCUGCUGCUUUUGUAUCUGUAAGAAAUGUUUGUUCAAAAAGAAAAACAAGAAGAAGGGAAAGGAAAAGGGAGGAAAGAAUGCCAUUAACAUGAAAGAUGUAAAAGACUUAGGGAAGACUAUGAAAGAUCAGGCUCUUAAGGAUGAUGAUGCUGAGACCGGUUUGACUGAUGGGGAAGAAAAAGAGGAACCCAAAGAAGAGGAGAAGCUAGGGAAACUCCAGUAUUCACUGGAUUAUGAUUUCCAGAAUAACCAGCUGCUGGUAGGCAUCAUCCAAGCUGCAGAACUGCCCGCCUUAGACAUGGGAGGCACAUCCGAUCCCUACGUGAAAGUCUUCCUGCUGCCCGACAAAAAGAAGAAAUUCGAGACAAAAGUCCACCGAAAGACCCUUAAUCCAGUCUUCAAUGAGCAAUUUACUUUCAAGGUGCCGUACUCAGAAUUGGGUGGCAAAACUCUGGUGAUGGCCGUGUAUGACUUUGACCGUUUCUCCAAGCACGAUAUCAUCGGAGAAUUCAAGGUCCCCAUGAACACAGUGGAUUUUGGUCACGUAACUGAGGAGUGGCGUGAUCUACAAAGUGCUGAGAAGGAAGAGCAAGAGAAACUAGGUGAUAUCUGCUUCUCCCUUCGCUAUGUACCUACUGCUGGCAAACUGACUGUUGUUAUUCUAGAGGCGAAGAACCUGAAGAAGAUGGAUGUGGGUGGUUUAUCUGAUCCUUAUGUGAAGAUCCACCUGAUGCAGAACGGCAAAAGGCUGAAGAAGAAAAAGACAACAAUUAAGAAGAACACACUUAACCCCUACUAUAAUGAGUCAUUCAGCUUUGAAGUACCUUUUGAGCAAAUCCAGAAAGUGCAAGUGGUGGUAACUGUUUUGGACUAUGACAAGAUUGGCAAGAACGACGCCAUCGGCAAAGUCUUUGUAGGCUACAACAGCACCGGCGCGGAGCUGCGGCAUUGGUCAGACAUGCUGGCCAACCCCAGGCGACCCAUCGCCCAGUGGCACACCCUCCAGGUCGAGGAGGAAGUGGAUGCCAUGCUGGCAGUCAAGAAGUAAAGGGAAGAAGAAGCCUUUCUGCGUUUGCCCACAUAGUGCUCUUUAGCCAGUAUCUGUAAAUACCUCAGUAAUCUGGGUCCUUUCGUUUUUCCAGCCAUGCAUUCCUAACACAAUUCAGUGGUACUUCAAAUCCUGUUUUGAUUUGCACAAAUUGAAAUGUAGAGAAUUCCUAAGCCCUUCAUCAUAUCACUGCCCUCCAACUCUACUCUUCUUUUAAGCAAUAUGAUGUGUAGAUAGAGCAUGACUGAAAUUAUUUAUUGUAUCACACCAUUGUAUAUACCAGUAUGCUAAAGAUUUAUUUCUAGUUUGUGUAUUUGUAUGUUGUAAGCGUUUCCUAAUCUGUGUAUAGCUAGAUGUUUUUAAUAAGAUGUUCUAUUUUAAACUAUGUAAAUUGACCGAGAUAUAGGAAAGCUGAUAACAUAUUAUAUGGUAAAUAUCGUAUCGUCUGCAUUCCAGCAAAAAUAUCAACUCGUAAGGCACUAGCACAGUUACACUGACAUCUUAAAGGACAAUUUAAACCUGAGCUUUCAACUGAAUCAUUUGAGUACCAAGACAUGCUGACACCACAUACUCAGUGGGUGAAUCCAAUUUUAUACAAUUCCUUCACAGGCAAAUGAGCAUGAUCUGAGCAGCAUCUGGGCUGACCUCAAGGAAGCAAAGCCACAAACCUGAACAGCACCUGUCUGUACAUAUCUACAAAGCGAAGCUCAUGGCUUCACUCUUACAUUUGAGGAAGCGGUUGAACAGGAGUCAAUAAUUUCAUAUUAUUGCAUAUUAGAGCAACAACAUGAUGGUGUUCUCUGUGUGUGUGUGGGGUGUGUGUGUGUGUGUGUGCGCACGAGCGUGCGCAUUUGUUUAGGGAUAGGGUUGGGGGUGGGAGGGAAGAAGCUGAGGGGAGAAGAUAGCAUUUCUCAAAUAUUGCCUGACUAUUUAAAAAGAAAACAAAAAAGUUAGCUCUCCGUUAUCACCUUUAUACAAAAUGUACAUCCUGUCUGUGAUCUCUCUUCCAGAAUUCACACCGACAAUAAAUCUAAAAAAGUUUGCACAAUAGACUUUAUACCAAACUAUUUUAAUAUACAGAACCAGAUUAGAAGGAAUGCAGAAUAUUUUAACACAGCAAUGUGUGUUUAUUACACAAAAUAGCUUUGUGGUCAACAGUAUUGUAAUCCCAUCAAAAGAUGAAAGAAGAAGAGGGGGAGAAAAAACCAACAAUUAGCCAUAGUUCUGAAUGCACUUCGAUUAAGCCAAAACAGACAGCUAGUGAUCUUUUUAUAUGUCUUUUUACUUCAAUAAGUUUUAAUUUGUCCUUUAAAAAAAAAAAAGGUGAAUCCAAACCAAGAACAAGUUCUAGAAAACUGAAGCAACCUCUUAAUGUAUACUAGAUGCUUGACUUAGGAGGUGUUUUUAAAUGUUUUCAAUGUUAUUCUGUAGUAAAUGGCACUAUUAUGAAGCUACUAGUCAUUCCAUAAGAGUCUUAAAGGACUGCUCUGUGUAACACUGUGACGCCAUGUGUGCUUAGAAACCUAGUUUCCUCAGUGGAUAGCACUCAAUUUAUUCUGUAGUGAUCUUGUAACAAUACUGCCAUUCCCUCUAAUGCACUGCCCAAGGUGUGUGUAGCACAAACAGUUCUCAUUACAAAGGACCAAUUCUGAACUGAAAAGCUAUGCAUAGGACAAGGAGGCUAUAUAUAAUGGGGUGGAACACACAGCAUUUCGUCAAGCACUGUGCAAUAUUCCAUAGUUUUCUCCGCAACCACUUUAACAAAGGGCAGCCUACUCUGUAUCAUACCAUAUCGAGUCGUUUUCCCCACUACUUGCUUCUUUGAGCUACUUUUAUUCCUAGGGCACAGAGAGUGGGGAUGCUCUGAAGGGAAAAUUUAUCUUUGCAGAUACCAAAACAAAAUGGAGGGAAACUAAGCAUUGAGCUCAUGUUCAAGCUUUAGGAUAUCAUGCUACAUUUGAGGGGGGUGGGAAGCAAACCUCCAAAGAGAAUUAUGAAAGGGCUGACAGUAGGCUUUGAACAUGGGGAUUGCCUGUUUCCUGAUAAAACAUGAAUUUCCGUCAUUAUUCUUUGCUCAUCAAAGAAACAGCAAGCCCUUUGGUCUUCCAGCCCACUUGUGACAAACUCUUUACAAAGAGGACAUAUGCAGAACAAAAGAGGACUAGUAUUUCCCUCUUCCGCCAGUGGUCAACACUCUUUCCAAACACACACAUACUAGGAAAUAUAAAAGUCAUAAUAUGAGAUUAAAUAUCAGUCUUAACCAGAAAAACUCAAGCAAGACUCUUUUAAGUUCAAAGGACCAGACUCUACCAAAGGGGACCUUUCCAAAUUCCUACACUACCAGACACUAAAAGUAAGUUUUACUGAAUUCAGCUUUAAGUUCACACUGAUGCACACCCUUCAAAACAUGCAGGUUCAAGCUGCCCAGAUGCACAUCAUUUCUUACGUUAAAGCACUCUUGAGGCAUUCUCUUGUAACACUGCCAGACAUGGGACUGUCACCAUCGAAUUAGUUGGUACUAUGCCACCUUUCAUAAGUCAGUGACCGAACCUGCUGCAUGCCCGAGAUUCAUCCUCAGACCAGCCACGUGUACCUUCCUGACAAAGCUGUGUGAAGUAUUAGAAUCUGAUGCUCUAGAAAGAUCCUAGUUGCCUUUGUGUAUAUUUACUGCCUGCUUGAGUGUUUCUAUGUGUGGAUUUUCUCUGUACCUUGUAGAAACGUUGGGGUGUUUUCUUCUGCCAUAUGGCUCGUGGCCCGCGAGCCAACUACUUUAGCUGUAUUUUACCUUCAUUUUUGAUGAGGUGAUUUAAAUUUCGUUUCACUUUGUGUAGUGAAUUCCACAGUAGUUUUCUGAUUGUUGUUAAAAAAAAAUGACUUAACCUAUUACACGGAUAUUCAAUAAAAAUGUUUUAUUUCCUGUUGA